AUGUUACUUUCUGUGUUAAUUUUACCUUUACUUGUUUCCAUGAUAAAAUGUGACGACUAUUUUGGUGAUCAUUCAGAAUUCAAUGAUGAAUAUAAUCCAAAGAGUUAUGAUAAUCCACCAAAUCCUCCGAAUAGCAGAUCCUAUGCUUAUCUUGCUAAAUGGUAUCCACACUUGAAACGAUUCGUUGGUCGAGGCUCAGCCAAUGGUAACAGAAUGUAUCAUGAUGAUUCACUUGGAAUCGCUUAUAUGCCAGGUAAUGAACAAGAUUCAGAUGGACCAUCAGUGUACAAUAGUAACAACGAUUAUCGAGGUGACUCGAUGUAUGGACGAUAUGGUUCAGAUUCAUCUGAAUAUCGAGGAUCAAGGGAUCAGGAAGAUUCAGAGAAAUUUUAUCCAAAUGAUCAAGUGUCCCCUGGUUAUCGUUCCCACUAUCAAUCAAAUGGAUAUGAUUCUAAUCCUAAUUCCUACACUAAUCAUCAUAAUCACAUUGAAAAUCCCUACGGUUAUUCAACUAAUCACAAGGAAUCUUAUCAAAGUUCACCACAAUUUAGCUUUGGACAUUCACUUAAUCAUCAUGAUAAAAAGUUACCUUUUGAUGACUAUUCUUAUGGAGCAAACAAAUUUGAUUACGAUUGA